GCGAGGCCUUGGGCAGGGCGCACGCGCAGCCGCAGGGAUGGCUGGCUGGUAGUGAUUGGAAGCCUGGCGGCGGAGGGCGGGGAGCACCGGGGUCUGGUUUUGGGCGGGAACUGAAACUGCCACUGCUGCCUACAAUAUCUUGAGAGCCGCAAAUUUCUAACCUUGAAAGGGGACCAUGGUGCGACCUGUGAGACAUAAGAAACCAGUCAAUUACUCACAGUUUGAGGACUCUGACAGCGAUGAUGAUUUUGUUUCUGCAACUGUACCUUUAAACAAGAAAUCCAGAUCACGAGAGUUAAAACAAGACAACCCAAAACCUAACUUGAAGAAUCUCCAGAAUGAGGACAUCCCACUGCAAGAAAAAACCCCUAAAAAAAGAAUGGCUUUAGAUGACAAGCUCUACCAGAGAGACUUAGAAGUUGCACUAGCUUUAUCAGUGAAGGAGCUGCCAACAGUCACCGUUGAUGUGCAGAAGUCUCAAGAUAAAAGCAUUGAAGGAUGUGGCAGUAGUAAAACAGAAACAAUGAAUAAGUCUCCUCAUAUCUCUAAUUGCAGUGUGGCCAGUGAUUAUUUAGAUUUAGAUAAAAUUACUGAGGAAGAUGAUGUUCAUGGUGUUCAAGGGAAAAGAAAAGCAGCAUCUAAAGCUGUGGUACAGCAGAGGAAGAUUCUUUUGGAAGGCAGUGAUGGCAACAGUGCUGAUGACACUGAACCAGACUUUGCAACUGGUGAAGAUUCUGAGGAUGAUUCUGAUUUUGGUGAGGGUGGAGAUAAUGAUGAAGACUUCACUAUGAGAAAAAGUAAAGUUAAAGAAAUUAAAAGGAAAGAAGUGAAGAUAAAAUCCCUGGUAGAACAGAAACAGAAGAAAUCUAAAUCCAAAUGUAGUGCUUUGGUGACUUCAGUAGACUCUGCUCCAGCUGCUGUCAAAUCAGAAUCUCAGUCCUCACCCAAAAAGAUUUCUCUUUCUUCAGAGGCCUCUAGAAAGCCAUUACAAAUAUGCAGUCCUUCAGCUGAAAGCAAGAGACCUAAGUGGGUGCCACCAGCGGCAUCUGGAAGUAGCAGCAGCAACAGCAGCCCACUGGCAGGAGUGUCUGUUAAGUCUCCAAAUCAGAGUCUCCGUCUUGGCUUGUCUAGAUUAGCACGAGUUAAACCUUUGCAUCCAAGUGCCACUAUCAGCUGAGUAUGGUAGCAGAGAAAUGUUUGAUUGAGAGAAUCAGUUUUACAAGUGUGUUUAUAUUUGAGGAGGGUAUUGUAAUGUAAAGGAAUCCUUUAAUAUGUUAUAUAAAUGAUCUGUACCCAUUUUAUGAUUGUGCUCUCUGAAAGCUAUUCGAGACUUCAGUAAGAGAUUUGUUAAUGAGGAUUAUUUUAUUGUGCCAUUUCCUUCUGAAGAGCUAUUCUAUUUUCCUGUCAGUUUGACUUGGAGGAAGUCCACAUCACACGCUGUUCUUUUCUGGUAAUGUUAUAUUCCUUUCUAUUUCUUUCUGGUUUGUGGCACCUUAACUUUAACUGUUCAGAGUUUUUCUGGCAAAAGGAAACGUCCCCAUUUCUUUCAGGAGACAUUUCUGAAAUCUUAUAAGCUACUUAAGCUAUAUUGUAUUUUACUGCAGAGAUGUUUUGUAUUUUAGCCAAAUCCUUUUACAGUAAGAAUUCAGAAUUAUUUUAUACAUUCAAAUGGUUCUGUAUUAUGGCAUAUGUCUUCUACUUAAAAGUAGAUGGUUAUUCUAUAGCAAAUAGAAUUUAAUAUCAUUUUAUGAAAUCAUUCUUCAUUGUCAAAACCUUUAAUAAAAGUGGAAAAGUUUUGAAAUGCUCUUUUUCUUGAUACUAUUACAUCUACAUUUGUGUCUGAUUUUCUACAUUUCAUGAUAAAAUGAGAGCUCUGCAAAGAAUGGUAGCCUUUUUGUUGUAAAUAUAAACAGAGGGGAAGCUGUUUCUCAAGGUAAUCACUUUUUGUUAAGCUUUUGCUCUGGACAGGAGCUGUCAAGUACUUAGUCAUACCUAUCACGAUGUUAGAUAAAAUAACUUUUCAGGAAGCUUGGCUCUGAAUUUAUUGUGAAUAAAAAUAGUAAUGAAUAUUUUAUAUUUAUGGUGAGAAUUUCAACCAGUUCCUGAUUACUU